GUAUUUUGAGUUUUAUGAAGGGCCUUUGGAAUACAACUCUACCAAAUGUCUGGAAUUACGGCAGGACAUCAUUGAGGUGAAGGUUUUGUCUAUGGUGAAACAAACUGAAUUGUUUGACAGAUGGAAGAGCCUACAGAUGUGCAAGUGGGAGAUGAAUGUCACAGAAGCUAAUUUAUUCAAGUCUACUUUGUCAAGGUGUUGCAAUGCUCCUGCCUUUCUGUUCACCACCCAGAAAAAUACUCCUUUGGGAACUAAGCUGAAAUAUGAAGUGGAUACUAGCGGAAUCUUCCACAUCAACCAAGAAAUCUUCAAAAUGUUUCCAAAGGAUAUGCCAUACCACCGCUCCCAGUUUAAGAAAUGCGCGGUGGUUGGGAACGGAGGAAUUCUGAAGAACAGCAGAUGUGGCCGGGAGAUUGACAGUGCAGACUUCGUGUUUCGAUGCAAUUUGCCUCCUAUAUCUGAGAAAUACUUCACGGACGUUGGGGUAAAGACGGAUGUUGUGACUGUCAAUCCCAGCAUAAUUACUGAAAGAUUCCAUAAGCUGGAGAAAUGGAGGAAACCCUUCUACGACGUGCUCCAGGUCUACGAGAACGCUUCCGUGCUGCUGCCAGCUUUCUACAACACUCGCAACACGGACGUUUCAAUCCGGGUCAAAUAUGUCCUGGAUGAUUUUGAAUCUCAGCAAGCUGUUUAUUACUUUCACCCCCAGUAUCUCAUCAAUGUCUCACGCUACUGGCUCGGCCAAGGGGUGAGGGCCAAGCGGAUUAGCACGGGGCUGAUCCUGGUGACUGCUGCCCUGGAGCUCUGUGAAGAGGUCCACCUUUUUGGCUUUUGGGCCUUCCCCAUGAACCCCUCAGGGAUUUUUAUAACUCACCACUACUAUGACAAUGUGAAACCUCGGCCUGGUUUUCAUGCUAUGCCCUCAGAAAUCUUCAACUUCCUCCACAUGCACAGCAAGGGGAUCCUGCGGGUUCAUACAGGAACCUGUAGCUGCUGUUGACAGGGACACUUCUUCCUCUGAGGCAAAAGUGUAACAGGCACUCAAUGUCUCUGUAUGGUGAAGGAGGUUUUAUUACACCCUGAGAUUAUGCAAUAAUUAUUUGAUAUAAAUGUCCUCAAGGCAUUGCAUCCCAUAGGAUCUAGGAUACCAGCAUCUUUCCUGCUAGCAGAGUUGGGUCCGUAACAGUACAGGAGAAGCAAAACUCCUCUGCCC